CGUGCGAGUCAUAGGCCAAGGGCCAAGCCAAUCCAAAACAAGAGGAGAGACUACAACUGACCACUAAAUCAACCAAAUGGCACUUUCCUCAUCACGCUUCGCACUCUCAUCAGCUCCACCUUCGCCCAUGGCAGCUUCACUAGCCGGCGCCGCCUCUUCUCGUCUCCUCAUCCCGUCCGCUUCUCGAGCUCGAAUCUCACUCUCCUCCUCGCCGGCAUCAUCAUCAUCUUCAGUAUCUCGUUUAUCAUUAUCUUCAUCUUCAUCUUACUCAUUUUCUCCUCUCAAAUGUCUCCGAUCUUCUGCCACCGCACCUCACUUGUUCCCGAAUCAGAAAAGAGCGUCGAUGAGUACGGUUGCAGCGGCGUCCGAUCCUGCGCAGCUAAAGAGUGCCAGAGAAGAUAUUAAAGAGAUUCUCAAGUCUAAGUUCUGCCAUCCUAUUUUGGUUCGAUUGGGAUGGCAUGAUGCUGGUACAUAUAACAAAAACAUAGAGGAGUGGCCAAGAAGAGGUGGUGCUAAUGGAAGUCUCAGGUUUGAAAUUGAGCUCAAACAUGGAGCUAAUGCAGGUCUUGUUAAUGCGCUGGAGCUUCUUAAGCCUAUCAAGGAGAAGUACUCUGGGAUAACAUAUGCAGAUCUGUUUCAGUUGGCUAGUGCUACUGCUAUUGAGGAAGCUGGGGGUCCCAAAAUCCCCAUGAGAUAUGGGAGGGUGGAUGUUUCAGCUUCUGAGCAGUGCCCUGAAGAAGGAAGGCUUCCUAGUGCUGGUCCCCCUAAUCCUGCUGAUCAUUUACGAGAAGUUUUCUACAGAAUGGGAUUCAAUGACAAGGAAAUAGUAGCAUUGUCCGGUGCACACACUUUAGGAAGGUCCAGACCAGAACGCAGCGGUUGGGGAAAACCAGAGACGAAGUAUACGAAAGAUGGGCCCGGAGCUCCAGGAGGACAAUCUUGGACAGAACAGUGGCUGAAAUUUGAUAACUCUUAUUUUAAGGAUAUUAAAGAAAGAAGGGAUGAAGAUCUGCUUGUAUUGCCAACUGAUGCUGUUCUUUUUGAGGAUCCUGCUUUCAAGGUAUAUGCUGAAAAAUAUGCUGUAGAUAACGAGGCAUUCUUCAAGGACUAUGCUGAAGCCCAUGCUAAACUUAGCAAUGCUGGGGCCAAAUUUGAUCCUCCGGAGGGUAUUGUGUUAGAUGAUGGUGCUGUGGGAGAGAAGUUUGUGGCAGCCAAGUACUCAACUGGGAAGGAUUAAGAAACAAGUUUCUUGUUUUCUAGUGCCGUAUGUUUUAAUAAAACAGGAUGAAGCUAUUUGCAAAAUCCUAAGAACUCACAUCUAAACUAACUGAAGGAGAAAGGAAUAAAAUUCAAUAAGUAUUGCCUAUUUGAAUUGCAGAGAGAAUUAUCAGAGACAAUGAAGCAGAAGAUUCGAGCAGAGUAUGAAACAAUCGGUGGAACUCCAGAUAAGCCUCUAAAGUCUAAUUAUUUUCUAAACAUCAUUAUUGGAAUUGCUGUUCUGGCAAUCCUGACUUACUUUCUUGGAAAUUGAGGUUUUCUUUUUGGCGAAUUUAAUGGAUAGUAUUGUUUUUGAUGUGUGGUAA